ACUCAUAUCGCGUGCUGCACACACACACAGAAACACACACACACACACACUUUGCUGGUGAGCAGUAUUCUGCGUUCUCGCUCUCUAACACACAUCCACACUUUGUCUCUCACGCACACACACACACACAAUCACACAUCCUGAUUCAGAGCCACACAGAGUGGUGUUGCACGAGGAAGAGAAAGUAAAUGUGAGAGCAUAAAGAGACAGGAAAGUGAGGGAUGGAAUACAGAAGGAAGACAUAAAUCUAGAUACGCGAGACAUCGGCUUUGCAAUCACGAAGAGGCUCCAGCGGGGACAUACCUCACAUCUGAGAACACUCAGAAAACUGGAGUAAAGAUCUGAAGCAGUGGCGAUCGACAGCUGUUGUGUAUCAGCGUGUGUGCGCCCACCUGCUGUGUGUGUGUUUGUGUCUCCUUGCUACCCUUGACCUGAGUGAAGUGUCACCAUGUUCUGGACUCUUCUCCUGGCACUGAUCCUGUUGCUGGUGCUCCAGGCCCAGUUGUACGUGUGUCUGCGGGAGCUCAGAUCCUCCACGACCUCUGUGAUCUCAGCGAACCCGGGUGAGACCAGCAACAGCAGCACCUCACGACGCUUACCAGGUGCCAUCAUCAUCGGAGUACGCAAGGGUGGCACCAGAGCCCUGCUGGAGAUGCUGAACCUGCAUCCAGAUGUCGAGGUAGCCAAGGCUGAAGUGCACUACUUCAACUUGGAUGAAAACUUCCACAAGGGUUUGGACUGGUACCGUGCUCAGAUGCCUCUCACUCUUGCUGGGCAGGUGACUGUAGAAAAGACUCCAGGUUAUUUCACAGCACCUGUAGUUCCAGCCAGAAUGUGGUCAAUGAAUCCAGCAGUGAAGCUACUCCUGAUCGUCCGUGACCCAGCCGAGAGGCUUGUGUCAGACUACACACAGGUUCUGCACAACCGCAUCCAGCAGAACAAGCCGUACCAACCUCUGGAGGAACUGCUCCUGCGCCGAGGACACAUCAACCCCAACUACAAGGCCCUCCAGAGAAGCCUUUACCACCAACACUUGGCCAGGUGGCUGGCGCUUUUCCCCAGAGAGCAGAUCCAUAUUGUUGAUGGAGAGGCAUUAAUCCGGGACCCAUUCCCAGAACUUCAGAAAGCAGAGAAAUUCCUGGAACUUCCACCACGGAUAAUGCCAGAUAACUUCUACUUCAACACCACUAAAGGGUUUUACUGCCUACUUUCUGCAGGACAUGACAAAUGCCUUGACGAAUCAAAAGGAAGACCGCACGCACCCCUCAGCAACGAAGCUUUCCAAAAGCUCUGUCGGUUCCUCAAGUUGCCCAAUCAGAUCUUUUUUAGGAUGGUGGGUCAGACUUUUGACUGGUGCUGAUGAAAAAUUUUGGACUGGGUUUUAAAACUGUAGACAAAAUCUGCCAUGAAACAUCCUGUCUGCUCAGAACUCGAUACGAUAUUUGACUAACAUCUGGGUUUAUUCCAAUCUGAGCUUCUAACCAAACUUGGUUUAUUCCAACCAAGUCCAAGAACUGAGCUGAAAAAGAAAAAUAAGAGCACAAAUGUGGAAAACAGACCGGGUCCCUGGCACAAAGGUUCCUCCUGGUGUUGGUUAUGCAGAACUGCAGCAAACCUGAUUUUGAAAUUCAGGGCUAUGGAUUAAAUGGACUUGGGCUGUAGAUCAGGGUUUAGUAAGCUUAUCCACAGAUUAUCUGAUUGGUUUUAACAGAAACCGACAGUUGCACCGGCACUUUGUGGAUAUGACUGUUGAGGCCUGCUGUAGACUAACUAUGUUUAAAAUGUUAAUACAUGUAAAUUAAAAAAAAAAAAACAACCCACAGCUGCUGAGGGACAUAUGGUUUCCACAGAAAUACUCACAUUACCAAUAAUGCAAAUGUUACGUAGCUUAUACUUUGUGUAUUUUGUGUACUUUACAAAGGUUUGUACAAACAUACGACUCUCGCACCAUAAUCAUUGUAGUAACUAAUCAGGUUCUCACUCUUGCCAUUUGUAACAUUAAUCUGUACUUGAAUGUUUUGUCUGCCAU